CACACACACACACACACAUUUCAUUCUCUUCGUACGAACUCUCUGUCUGUCUGUCUGUCUGUCUCUCUCUCUCUCUCUCUCUCUCUCUCUCACACACACACACACACACACACACACACACACACACACACACACACACACACACAUACGAAUAACGUGUUGGCCGUCACAUGUUGUUACGAAUGUCUGUCAUGUCUGCUGUUAUAGAUGCACAAGUCAAAUGUCUCGACGAACAUGGUGGGUGAGACUUUUGCAUGUACAACCGAAGACUUGCAAGAAGUGAUAUCGAACGUCAUUUUCAGAGACGACGCUGACAAGCAGUGCGUUCGCAGUCCAGCGACAGGGGUGGCAAGUAACGAUACCGGUCAAGGACCGACGUUGCAAAUGGAAUCAGAGGAAUUGUUGGGUGUCAUUUGCUUGGCUGCAAAUGCGGACGUGAAUAACGGCGAGGGGACAGCCAACGGAGACACCCCGAUCUGCAUUGUUGCCAGUAACUGUGUCACAAAGACUGAAGCAGGAACGAAAUUCGUGUACGAUAUCAACUGGGAACCCAGCAAGGUGCAACCAGGGUUGAUCGGGGGCGAACACUGCUUCGCCCUCAAGAGUGGUGAAACAUGGGUUCCUUAUUGUCUGCCUAAAUUAGCAACAUGGCGCUACUUCACGGCAUCCAUUAUUUUUUACCGACUGGAAAGGAUGAAUGACGGCGUAGCGGUUCGAGAUCUGGUAAAACACACACAUGUCCUUUUGGAGAGACUGGCAGAAAAGAGGGAGAUACGGCUCAAUGACUUCUUUUACGAUCGUGAGGAAUGCUCUCAGCAAUGGGUGGUUUUUGACAGCAGAGGAGUUGGAGAUGGAGUUUUUAACGACAAUGAUGCAAGACGGGACACGCGGUGGGGUUGGCUGCCGUCAACCAUUCCUUGUGAAUAUGGGGAGAUUAGGAUGAUAGUCCACGAUUUAAUGGGGAACUGUUGGAGUACAAUUCAUAGAAACGACGACUUCAUCUCUCGUUAUUUGGAGUUCGAGAUGCUGGAGUCCUUUGAUGUCGUGACAGGGGAACCCACAAUCCCGCUGGAGAACCCCGUGUUUUCGCCAAUCGUAGAGGGGAAAGUUUUUUUGGGGGAGGACAACAUUUGUCUGCGGCAUGUAAGAGGAAGGGAGGUCACUUAUGAUGGUCUGUUCGUUGACAUAUGGGACCCGGAUAGGACAACGUCGGAUAGGUUGUAUGCUAUUGACAUAUCCGGGACUGUUAUUCCACAGUCCGAGUUGAACAGACAUUUAUCCGACACCGGUACGGGAUAUGCUGUUGUGGACAAGAGCACGCCAGCAUGCGGCACGAUGCGCAGCGAUGGUAGCAGGAGGAUGGGUCAAGGAACGAAGCGGAAGGCGACAACCAGAAGCGAGAAUGGGGGGACAACGACGGUUGUAGGGAGGGGGGGCGGAGGAAAUGGAAGGGGGGGAGGGGUAACAAUGGCUGGAGGAAGAGGGAGAGGAAGGGGAAGGGGGCAGGGGGGGACAACAAUGGAUGGGGAGACAAAACGGAAAAUUGGUGGAAGGCAAGGGGCUCUGAGGCGGAAUCGCCGACCUGGACAGGCUGCUGUGGCAGAAAUGCGCCGCCUGCAACGCAGCACAAACCUUUGCAUCACUUACAGACCAUUUGUAAGGCUUGUGCGCGAGAUUGUGAACAAAGAAGAGGUUGCAACAAAUCCAAUGCGGUUCGGGAUGCUUGCAAUUCGAGCACUUCUGGAGGCAGCUGAAGCUUAUCUUGUGCAUCUCAUGGAGAGCACGAAUGAGGUUGCAAUCCAUUCGAAGCGGGUCACGAUCUUGAUGAAGGACAUGAGGCUCGUUGACGCAUUGCAAAAACCACAGGGAAUCCACUAUGACAAUGAGGAGGAACUGGUUCUGUUACGAGAAAGAGCACCGGCGUACUUCAACGUCACGUUGUUGAGCGCAUCGGCCCUCGCGUGAACGAGGGCCCUCCCGGCUAUGUCACGCAGGAGUUAGAACAAAACAAAAUCAAGAGA